AUGGCGCGUACAAAACAAACCGCACGCAAAUCCACCGGAGGAAAAGCUCCCCGAAAACAACUCGCAACAAAAGCCGCUCGGAAAUCCGCUCCGGCGACCGGCGGUGUCAAAAAGCCGCACAGAUUUCGUCCAGGAACUGUGGCUUUAAGAGAGAUCAGGAAGUAUCAGAAGAGUACCGAGCUUCUCAUAAGGAAGCUUCCGUUUCAAAGACUGGUUAGAGAAAUCGCGCAAGAUUUCAAAACGGAUCUACGUUUUCAGAGUAGUGCUGUUUCUGCUCUUCAAGAAGCUGCUGAAGCUUAUCUUGUUGGGUUGUUUGAGGAUACGAAUCUUUGUGCGAUUCAUGCUAAGAGGGUUACUAUUAUGCCUAAGGAUAUUCAACUGGCUCGCAGGAUCAGAGGCGAGAGAGCUUAG